GGGCAGCAGAGGCCGGCCCAGGCCGGGGCCGGACGGCAGCACACCGCAGCACACCGGCCCUGGGCCGGGCUCGGCAGGCUCAGCGUGCGGCCGGCAUGAGGCGGGCCGGGCCCUGGUGCCUGCUCCUGGCCGCGGCCUGCGCCCUGGGCCGGGCCCCGCGGGCCGCCGUGCGCUGCCCGCCCGCCGCCGCCUGCCUCAGCGUCCACCUGGCCGACGUCUCGUACGCCGAGGCCCGCGGAGACUGCGACCGGCGCGGGGGCAGCCUGGCCUGGCUCAGCGGCGAGCCGGAGCUGCGCCGGCUGCUGGGGCUGCUGGCAGAGGCGGCGGUGCCCGCGCCCGCGCUGCUCUGGGUCGGGCUGCGGAGGAACGCGUCCGCCUGCACCCGCGAGGAGCAGCCGCUCCGCGGCUUCUCCUGGGAGGGCGUCGGGGGCGGGACGGCCCCGCCGGAGGUGCCGGCGGAGCUCGGCCGGUGGCUGCAGGAGCCCCUGCGGUCCUGCGUCAUCGCCCGCUGCGCCGGGCUGCACCUGGCGGCCGAGCCCGGGGGCGGCCGCAGCUGGGGCUGGAAGGAGCGGGCCUGCCAUCUGAAGAGCCCGGGCUACCUCUGCAAGUACCCGCACGAGGGUGCCUGCCCCGACCUCAGUCCCGCGGGCGCCCUCCACCUCGACUACCGGCUCCCCUUCGAGGAGCGCAGCGGCGGCCCCGGCUUCAGCCCGCCGGGCACCGAGCUGUCGGUGGCGUGUCCCGGCGGGGAGGUGCGGCUCAGCUGCCAGCCCGGGCCGGGCGGCUUCGCCUGGAAGGCGGCAGAGAAGCCGCUCUGCCCCUGCCCCCUCGGCCGCAGGGGCCCGGACAGCGGGCGGUGCGCCGAGGCCGCCGGGUGCCGCGAUGCCGCCGGCGGCUUCGCCUGUGCCUGCAGCCCGGGCGGCCCGGACGGCGCUGCCUGCCCGGGCACGGCGCCAGCCCCCACGGCUGCAGGCGGCCCCGCGGAGCCGCCGGGUGCCAGGGCGGAGGGGCGCCGUCCUUCCAUCCCCACACCCGGCCGUUCCCCGGAGCCGCCCGCCACCACAGGGGCCGCCGCCGGCGGAGAGAAGACGGCUGGUCCGCCGCCCUCCUCCUCCUCCUCCUCUUCCAACUACGUUUUCAUCCUAGUGACGGUCGCGGUGGUGGUGCUGAUCAUCCUGGUCAUGACCGUGCUGGGGGUGUUCAAAAUCUGCUUUAACAAGAAAUCCGAGGGCCGCGGGGACAAGGAGCCGCCGGAGGCCGGCAGCAGGGCGGAGGCAGGCUCCGCGGAGCCCGGCGGAGCGGCGGGCGGCGAAUAGCCCCGGGCCGCCGGGGCCGCGUCCCUCGGGCUGCCCUGAGCAGCUGCUGCCAGCCCGGCCAGCGCUCGGCUCGCCGCGUCCCUCCUGCCCCAGCCCCGCUGCCGGCGGAGAGGCGCCGCGGGACUUGCUGGGCAGGCUUGCACAUCAUCACACGCAGGACGACCUUCUUUUGAGGGGAUUGAAGUCUUUGGACAGUCAGGAGUUUUUGUCGGUCUGAAAAUCAGUUAUUUCGGUGCUGAUUUCACUAAAAUAUAAAUAGAUCAGCCUGACCGACGGAGCAUUUUGCAGCUGCAACAAUUGUGCAUUUUUAUUCUCUCAGAAACUGUUCGUCGGGUGCCUUACUUGGAACAAGCGUAAAGUGGACCACUUUGAGCACUUGCAUCUUGUAAUUCAGAAGUCACUCUAAAGUACCUGAGUGGUACUUGGUGGCUUUCGUUUUCAAUCUAAUUGCUGGAACUAUUGGAGAGGUGAACUGCCAUAAUUUUGAAUGGAACUGCAACUCAUAUACUUUCAUACUGAUAUUCUUAAAAAUGAAAGAGCAUUUCUAUGCUUAGAAAGUCAUUAAACUGCUGAGGAAGUGAGAGGUUAAUGGGGAGUCAGUUUCAUACUUCAGCUGAUGAAAAGAGUAAAGGAUGAUGUAAAUCACUGCCCUGUUGUUAUUUCAUACUCAUUUUUAUUGUAGCAGAGAAUAAAUUUCUCAGUUACAGUUUUUCUCCUAAGUUGUGCUGUUACAAAACUUGCUUUCUGUAUGCAACAUGGCUCCCUUCGAAUCAGACAAGGUGCUGACACACCUUGCAAGAGGAGUUAACGUGAGUCCAAAUGCAUCAUGCAAAUCUCAUUCUCUUUAGUCAGAUAUAUUGUUUUCCAUGGAGUCCCUUGAGAGUAAGGAAAGAUUCACCGUUUGUGCCCUUUUCUAAAUGAGGUUAACACUUCCUCUGUGAUUUCCCUUGGGAAUUCCUGUAGAGGAGCUUUCGUCCUGGCUGCAGAACUUACUUUCUGUGCAGUUCAGAGUGCUUAUGCUCACUUAUUAUUAUUAUGGUUUUGGUUUUCAAUUAAAGUUGUGAUAUUAAAUAUUGAUUGAAGGUUUUCUGAGUGCAGUUAUACACAGCUAACUGGUCUCAUCCAGGGCUUUUGGGGUGGAGGGAUAAUACGGAAAUAUUCUCUUCCCUUAAGAGAAGUUUAAGCUCUGAAAUGUCUCUCUAAAUACAUUUGCUUGUUUGUUUGUUUUUCUCUCUUGGCAGCUGACAUUCUGACUACUGCCUUAAUUUUGUCACUUUAUCCUGUUGAGUUUGAAGAGCUCUAUUUAAAAAAUUAUGUGUAUUAUUAUUACCUAUUUUUCUUGCAAGCAAAGAUUUGAUGAUAAAUAUGGUGUAAACACCUGCUAAGGAUAAAGAAUUAUAUAGUAUAAGAUUUUUCUUUCCUCCUCUCUCUCCCUUUAAUGGUGAUAGGCAGUUGCUACCUGGGAACAGUCUUUUGCUUUUGAUGAAGAGGUUACUGAUAUUUGUGAGCCACCAGACUGACUGUAGCCAUAAAUUCCCUUGUAUCAUGACAGGAAUUAAAUCCAGCUAGGUGAGGAUGCUACUCAUUACAAGGUGACUCAUAAUCUGCAUACUUUUCUAAUCUUUAUCUGACAUUUGUAUUUCAGAAGGCAGGCAUUUAUCAUCUUGGGCAGGAGGCUUGAUUCUACAUUCAGAUGUGCACAGAUCUGGAAAAUGACUUAGCUAUUAAUUCCUUAUUUCUUAAUAACACUCCUGUUGUUAUUAACACUGUUAUUAACACUGUAAGUAGUUUCUUUUAUGAGGUGGUGUAUGUGGAGCUCUGCUGUCAGAGGAUGUAUAAGCAAAUAGCAACUGAAAUGAAUGAGAGCCUCUCUACACUAUUUUUUUCUAUGUUUUAGUCUUUCUCACAUAUCUGAACUGAUAACUGAACUCUUGAUGGGACUGUCCAGGUGUGUUUUUCUAAGCUCUAGAAACUACCUCAUUCUCUGAGUCUUACCAAGCACACAACUCAGUGCUGAGUUAAGCACCUGACUACUUAUUUUGGCAUCUCUCAGUAUGUGACAGACCUUUUAGUUAAAAUAUACAAGUUCUUGCCCUUGCAAGCCAUUCAUCUGUCUUGUAAUUCCCAUUUCGCUCUUCCUGUGAAAUCAUGUUUUGUUUUGAGAGUUCUUUUUCUCACACAAUUCAGAAUCAUCUGACAUUUUUCUAGAGGACUACACAAGUAUGUUCCCCCUGGCUCAUAAUUUCACUCAUCUGAAGCCAAACUAUUUUGCAUCUAAGGAUGGGAUCCAUCUUUCCAUGUGCAGACAUCUCUAACAGUUCAUCUAGACUUUUUUACUCAUCCAGACUCACUUAAUAUGUGCUUGCAAUUAAUCUCAUUUUAGACUAGAUGCUGAAAACAGGACCAAUGAAUUACUUCCUGAAAGUGGCCUUUCUCUGCACUGGCUGUAAAGAAGGCAUAUAGCCUUCUUAAAUGCCUGUAAAAUACACAUUUAAAAAUAAAUCUGAAAAAUCAGCUCA